UUGUUUCCUGUGUGAAAUGAAUACUUCCAUGACAGGAAGUAACAGGAAGUAGCAUUUCAAUCAAAAUAUUAAGAUCGAAGUAGUUUAUGUUGACAUAAGUCAAAUGCGUAAUGUAAAUGUUUACAGACGUGAGAGUCUUAGGUUGUUCUAUCAUGGAGUUUCGUCUGCAGACGUUGCGAGAGCUGACCGAUUUUACUGAGAGUUGCAGACAGACAUUAGACAAUGUUUUUACUACACUUGGCUGGAAAGAAGAUUACCACAAGUUUAGACAUGUUGCUCAGGAAGAUUAUGCCGUCUGCCCAUGUGAUGGUCAUCACAAGAUUCCAAAAUCAUCUCUGGAAAAGCAUCAGAAGAUGUGUAAACUAAGAAUGCUGGGAUAUACCAAAGAAGAAGAGGAAGAAAUGUAUGAACCAUCAUUCUUCUAUGAGAAAGCAAACAUUCCUACAGUAGUUAUUGAUAAAGACCUACAGUACAAUAUAAUCAGUCAAGCUAAAGCAAAUGCACCAAGAAUAAAAGAAGGCAGCACGUUUUGCCAAAGCGAUUACUCUUCAGCCCCAGUUGAGGUACCUCAAAAUCAUAAACAUGCCAUAUGCGAUCUAACAACAGCCGACCGCCUUGCAGUUUACGAGUAUGUUGUUGCAGAGAACAAACGGCGGAAAUCUAAGCAAAGCUCUAUUGAGAAUGACAGGGAUUUGUAUGUGGAUUUGACUGCUAAACUUAAGCAAGAGGAUGGUAGUAAAGCACCAAAGUCUCACCUUGAACUUAUCGCUGAAAUGAGAGAUUAUAAAAGAAGGCGACAGUCCUAUAGGGCCAAGAAUGUCCACAUAACAAAAAAGUCCUACACUGAGGUGAUACGAGAUGUAAUUAAUGUGCACAUGGAAGAGCUUUCAAGAUAUUGGCAGGAAAGUGAGGCCAGUAGUGUGGAUGUGCAGGAUGAUGCGAGCUCUACCAUUUCAGCAAGAUCUUCUGUAUCUAUAAGACAAAAGCAUGAAGCAAAGAGAUCUGCUUCUGUAGAAUCCCGUGAAUCUUCUAGAAGUUACAGAGAUACUGAGCAUUCUAGACAUCAUAGAGAUCGUAGUAGGACUCCAAAAAGGAAGAAAAGAAAAAGAGAUAAGGAAGAGAGUUCUAAAAGAAAGAAAGACAAGUAAGUGCACGCGAAUAGUCAAAUAAC